AAAAGACAUGACCGUCUCGUUUGUGCGCACGAGGGGUCUCAAAGCAUUGAUGACAUACAGCGGGAGAGAAGCAUCCGCCGGACAGAGGGGCAAUCAAAUGUAAAACGAACGAUUCCAUCCUGCAGCGUUUCCAUAGCACUAGCCUCCUAUACAGUUAUUUUGAUGUUUCUAUCACGAAUGAAUCGAUGACGAAGAAGAAUAAGAAGGAAAGGGAAGAUUGGAGGAGAUUCGCUUCUCUCAUAACGGGGUACCGGUGAAAGAGGGGCAGUAGCCUACCUAUUAGUCAAAAACGUCAAACGAGAAUAGCCGCACCAUCAUCAAUCGCGUCUGUUUGUCGUGAGAUGACAAAGUGAAGUGGCGGAUCAUGUCUCAGAAGAAGAUAUUUCUGGUCUUUGUGGCAAUCAGUACCGUCAGCCUACUGCUGCACCAUGGGGGCCAUUUCAGCUGGACGAUGGAAGCCUUUCACCUCGGCUGUCCGUCACUACGCACCCACCUGUCCUCCUCUCUCAAGCCCAAACACACCAACGUGGCCUUCCUCAAGACGCACAAGACGGCCAGCACCACCAUGCAGAAUCUGCUCUUCCGCUUCGCAGAGCGCAACAACCUGACAGUAGCGCUCCCUGUGCAGGCCUGCGGACACCAGUUCUGCUACCCGCGCACCUUCAACGCCCACCUCGUCCACCCGCACACACUGCCACCCAACGUGGUCACCAGCCACAUGCGCUUCAACCGUGCCGAGAUGCAGCGCCUCAUGCCUAAUGAUACCAUCUACGUGACCAUACUUCGAGAACCAGGGUCCAUGUUUGAAUCGUUGUUCAGUUACUAUAACCAGUACUGUCAGAGUUUUAAGAGAGUUCCCAAUGGGUCCCUGGAGGCAUUUCUGGACGAGCCGUGGCGGUACUACCGUCCGGACGAAAAGGACUCCAUGUACGCCCGUAACACGCUGACCUUUGACCUAGGUGGGGACAAGGACCGUCCGGCGGCAGACGCAACAGCGUACGCCCGGGCCUUUGUGGCCGAGACAGAACGCGUCUUCUCCCUGGUGAUGAUCGCCGAGUACUUUGACGAGUCGCUAGUCCUCCUCCGUCACCUUCUCUCCUGGGAUCUGGAAGACGUGCUCUACGUCAAGCUGAACAUGCGAAUGUCCGGCUCCAAGCACAGCCUCUCGCCAGGCCUCCCCUUCAAGAUCCGCGCCUGGAACGCCUUGGAUGCACGCCUCUAUGAUCACUUCAACGCCUCCCUGUGGCGCCAGCUGACUGCCCUGGGCCCGGCGUGCGUGGCCAGGGAGGUGCGGUUGCUCCGCAGGGCCCAGGAAAGGCUUGUGAGGGGCUGCUUUGGAGGACGGCUUCCCCAGCUCCGCUCUGCUGCCCAGAUCAAGAACAAGGAGCUGCGGCCGUGGCAGCCCAGUGCAAAGGUGGACAUCGUGGGCUACGACCUGCCGACCAACACCAACGCCACGUGGCCCGGAAGUCUGGCCCACGAGCUGUGUCUGAAGCUCAUCAUGCCAGAGGUCCAGUACACCAGGGUCCUGCUUCGAUCGCAGUCGCUACGCUACAGACGCAGCUACCCGCUCCGCUCCCCUCAGCCCCAGCCGCAGCAGCCCGUACGGUCGGUCCUGCCACGCCACCAACAGGUGGGGAUACAGCAGAUACACCGGGAGGCCCUUCCUCCAGGACUUGGUCCCGCCUCUAGCCCCACAGCCACCUCUCAACCUGCAGGGACCCAGAGCAGGGCCACCAGGGUGGGGCUAAGGCCCUCGGGCCCCCAGAGGCAGACGCCAUAACUUAAGACUGCAGCACCAGCCUUGAAUAUAGACAGACUGAAUACAGCCAGACUAAAUACAGGCAUGCAGACAGACAGACAGACUGUCCUCCAGACUUCAGCCAUUUGUCCCCAGGGACUGUAUCAGGGGGUUCUGGAGGAGAUAGGGAGAGGGGGGGACACCCCCAGAUUGGGGCUGGAGAUUGGGGUAGGACCCCAUCAUUAUGGGCACAGGCAGAGCACUCUCAUUAAUUACAAACUCUGUAUGGAACAAUAAAGAACUGUUACUCUCGCUUUAUCUCUCUCACUCUCUAAUGCCACCCCCACCCCCUCCCAAACCUUGAGAAGAUCUUGAUGAUGACAGUGAGAGGGUCAGCGCUCCGGGUCCGUGUCCAACCCUCUAAGCCUUCUCCAGAGAGGAAAACCAUCCAGUCCUGGGCCUCUCACCCAAUGACUUUACCCCCUCCCACUGAGUGUUAGGCCCCAGGACAGGUCAAAUGUCAAAAGUUAGGCCAGUGGUCCUUAGACUGACCCCCCGCCCCCCCCCCACACACACACACACUCGCAGCCCUUACACCAACUCUCUCCCUCCUGCCCACCCUGCUUUAGAACAUUUCUCUCUGCUUCUCCGACCCCAGCUCAUCUCUCUCUCCCCUCCACCAGCAACUGAACUAGACCAUGGCGGCUGCUGCUGACAAAUGGGAUGUUUUUAGAUAUGGGAAUUGUGUGUGUGUGUGAAAGCGUUUUUCCUAUGUAUUUUAUUUAUCUGGGGCGUUAUCGCAAUAAAGUUUUAUGUAAAGGUAGGGAUCUUAUAACCACAAGACACACACACACACCGGACUCAACCCGUUGUUGGUUCUGCAAGCCUGCUAAAAGACAUGAUGAGUGAGAGCUACAGUGUUUGAAUAUUUAAUUAUGUAUUCUUAAUGAGGCUCUCUUUGGAGAGACCUUCCACUUGGGUUACACACACACACACACACACACACACACACACACACACACACACACACACACACACACACACACACACACACACACACACACACACACACACACACACACACACACACACACACACACACACACACACAGCAAUGUGGAACUUGCCAAAGCAGCUUACUUAUCCGAAGCAAAGCAUAAGGAGGAAAUAACUACGAAACUGGGGGAAAGCAGUAGAAGAAGAGAGAGUCUGGGUCCUGUUCAUUUGGACACACUGUGGAAAACAUUUUAAAACAUUUUGCAAUGGGAAUUCGAAAAAUAUGUGUUUCUUCUUCGACAACUCCAUAUACUAUUUAUUCCCUUCCUGUUUCAGUCCUUGGUCUCCCAUUUGGUGCCUAAUGAACAUGGCCCUGGUGUGGUGGCUGUCAUGUGGAGGUGUUUUGCCACUCGUUUCAUUAUGUGGUACAUUUUUUAUGCAGUUGGUUGUUCAUGUUUAACCUAAAUGGUAUGCUUCGACCUGGGUGUCCUUGACGGUGUGUGUGUGUGUGUGUGUGUGUGUGUGUGUGUCUGUGUGUGUGUGUGUGUGUGUGUGUGUGUGUGUGUGUGUGUGUGUGUGUGUGUUUGUGUUUCUGAGUAUAUAUUAUUUAUUCUCUUCAUCACUGGAAAAAAACAGUCUGUUUAUGUUUACCUUCAAUGUAUAUUUCCGAUUUUGGAACAGGACAUUGUAUUGUGGACCAAAUCACUAAUGGCAAUACACACUGUGCUGUACAUGGCAUGUUCUGAUGAAUAAAAUGUAAAUUUCUACAUAGGCCAACCACAAAAGCUACUCAGACAGCACCAAGUGUAAUCACUGAGGCAUGAAUUUUAUUGUGUUUUAAGUGCUUCAUAAUGCUCUAGUGUGCAUCCCAAAUAACAGCCUAUUCCCUACAUUGUGUAUUAUUUGUAGUGCACUAUGUAGGGAAUAGGGUGCCAUUUCAGUUCUAGUCUAGUGGAAAGAGGACAGGGUAGAAAGAUAACUUUCCGAAGAGCCCUUGACCCGUGAAAUCCUCCAUGUUUGACUGCUGUUCAUUUUUUAAAGUGCUCUUUGAUUGUACUUUAUUUUUCAUCCCAAAUGUCACCCUUUAAAUAGGGAAUAGGUUGCCAUUUGGGACACAAGGUAUCAAAUCUAGGCUGGUUUCUCGGUUUUUAGAAACAUAACUAACACAGAAUGGUGGUUGUGUCACCUACAAGUCAGUGUUAGCAAGCCUUUUUAGGAAUGCUAGAAUUAAGCAAUAAGGCCCGAGGGGGUGUGGUAUAUGGCCAAUAUACCAUGGCUAAGGGCUGUUCUAAAGCACGAUGCAACGCGGAGUGCCUGGACACAGCCCUUAGCCGUGGUAUAUUGGCCAUA